UUCUUAUCCUCUUUUCUCUGUCUUGUCGCAGAUUUGGAGGUGAUCUGAGUUUAGUGUUCGCCCUACUAACAAAAAUUAUAUUCGUUUGUUGGCAUUGAAUAUUGGAUAGUGGGCUUGGGAUGGAGAGCGCAAUCUAAAGGCUAAAACAUGCUGUCAGAUGAUGCAAUUCUCCCCGGAUUUGGAUCCCUUUCUCUUAGCGAUAACCCUACGGGUUGGGGUCCAACAGAUAUACCAGAAGAGUUUAGAAACAUGCCUUUUCAACCAUUUUCAAAGGAUACUCGCUUAGGCAGAGUUGCAGAUUGGUCAGGAAAUAUUUUUCAAGAUAUGAAAAACAAAGGUUUCACAUAGACUUUACUCUUUAAAAUUUUUAGGUCGCUAUGUCACUCAGUCUGUGGGUUCACAGUACGCUUACUACCAUGAUGAGGACGACAGCAAUUUCCAACUAGUUUCUUCCGUUCGCGAGACGAAAACUCCCGCUAUUCGUCAAAGAUAUAGAUUUCCUAUGCGUGGCCGCCGUGGUUUGGGUGGUCCAGGUUCAGGAUAUUCUUGGGCAGGAGGCCGGUCAGGAUAUCAGAUGAUUGGAAACCAGGGUGGAGUAGUAAACCGUAAGCUACGCAGUGCAUCAGACAGAGAACGUAUGAUGUUACAACAGAACAGACGGUGGCAACACUGGGGCCCCCAAGGUGUUGGGCAGCGACGAGGGGGGACUCAAGGUUGGAGAUCCAAUGCAGGCGCUUGGGGCUCUAAUAUUGAUCGCAGGCAGGCCCACAGGGCAGUGCGUGACGCAUCUAUUCAAAUUAAGGAUAAUUGGACGAUGUUGGAAGAGCUAGAUUUCGCUAGACUUGCAAAGUUGGCACUACCUAACGUAAAGGAGCCCAUUGACAAGGUUAAUUGUGGAGAAAUGGAGUAUUAUGACAAAUCAUAUGAUCGCGUUAGCACGCGAAACGAACGUCCUCUUGUAAGAGUAAAUCGGGUUCUCCAUACAGUUACAACCUCCAGAGACCCAGUAAUUCACCGUUUAGCUAGCGACUCCGUUGGCAAAGUUUAUUGCACAGAUACGAUUGCUGCCAUGAUUAUGUGUUGCACUCGUUCGGUGUAUCCUUGGGAUCUCAUUGUACAACGCAUACAAGACCGUUUGUUCUUUGAUAAGCGCGAAGAUACUGAAUCUGAUUUUGUAAGUGUAUGUGAAACUGCAACAGAACCACCUAAUGAAGAACCUGGUCAUAUUAAUUCACCCCAGCGUUUGGCAUUAGAAGCUACUUUUAUAAAUACCAAUUUAUCUCAACAAAUGCUACUGAUGGGUGGUAAAACAUAUUCGUUCCCUGAAGAAAAUCCUUUCAAAGAUGAUGAAGAGGAGGAUGAGGAUAGUCCAAAUCCAUCUCAAAACAAAAAUCACGAAGGUGGUAAAGAAGAAUUAGGUUCUGUAGGAUAUCGAUAUCGCAUAUUUGAUUUGGGAAAUGAUGUUCAAAUGGUUAUUCGUUGCGAAGUCAAUGGUGUACUUCAACCGACUAAUGAUGAUCAGCCAGCCAGUCCACAAUUCGUAUGUAUACGCGCAUUAAAUGAAUUUGAUUCACGUUAUUGUGGUGGUGUCGAUUGGCGUACUAAACUUGAUACUCAACGGGGGGCUGUUUUGGCCGCUGAGAUAAAGAAUAAUGCCUUUAAAUUAGCUGGAUGGACUGUCUGUAGUAUAUUGUCAGGUGCGGAUCAAUUAAAAUUAGGAUUUGUAUCUCGCGUCAAUCCCCGUGACUCAUCUCGUCAUGUCAUAUUGGGCACACAACAGUUCAAACCAUCGGAGUUCGCCAAUCAGCUGAAUUUAAAUAUGGAUAAUGCUUGGGGUAUUCUGCGAUGUGUUGUUGAUUUCUUCAUGAAAAUGCCUGAAGGCAAAUAUCUAAUGUUAAAGGAUCCUAAUAAGCCUGUACUUCGCAUAUACUCUGUACCUCAAGAUGCUUCUGAUUCAGAUGAAAGCGAAGAUGGUAUAAGUGAAGAAGAAGCAGUUAUCGUUGAACAACAAAACUCUGAACCAAGUAAGACGGAAGUAAAUAACAUGUCAGGACAUAGUCAAGACGGUAUAGAGGGUCAGUUUAAAAAUACUGAAUCUGUCACUCAGUUAAGGACGACUGAGCCUACUGAAUCGUAACGCAUAUGUUUGACAAGUAUAUCCGAAAUAAUUAUUUAUUUAUAAUUGCGCUUAAAAUUUUAUUCCAUUACCGAACAUGUUAUUUUCAAUUUGGUGUUUUAUUAUAUAUAUAAGCAUUACGCGUAAAUUUCUGUUACUUAGUUGCGAUAAUCCAUGAACUGCUCAGAAUGGUUUCUUUUUAUUUUAAUGUACAACUUUCUAUUCAAACCGAGCGGACCAUAUUCUCUCAAUUUGUGCGACGGUCUUUCCUAUUCGUCAUUUGUGCCCACUUGAACCAAGCAGUCACAAAUCAGAAUACGUUGUUACUGACUGACUGACUGAUACGAUUUAAGACUAAAUAAACACUAAAACGAUAUAGUU